CAGAAACGUCUUUUUUUUUUCUGCAUAUUGAAAAAAAACACAAGGAAACACUGCUGUAACUGCCUGAUGCCCUUGUAUUAGAAAAUGACCGUGCCUUUACCCACUUCAAGUCCACUUCUUGCUGGAGCCGCCGCCGCCACCCAAACCACUUCCACCACUUCAGGUACAGGCGUUCAAACGGCUCCCGAAAAAGAUGAGAUUUGGUCCACCAUUCUGAAAGGCGUCGCAUCGUCGAAAAUGAUAUCCACAAAGCAUAUCCUUAUACUAGGUGAUCCCGGUUGCGGCAAAUCCACCUUGAUUCACUAUCUUAAAAACGAUCCUGGACCUCAAGCUCAUGUCCCAGAGUCGGACGAUACAGCUGCACCGACAUCCUUUGGAGUCGGCUCCAGUAAUUAUACCCCCAUGCCUGUAGAAAAUCUCGACCAAGACGCGACCAAUACCCUCGCCCUGGGUUACACUUUUGUCGAUAUCCAAGACGAAGAAAAUGAAGCGAUCGCUCGAUUGGGCUUGUACCAGCUGGGCCUUUCCGCACCUGAAUAUCUGCCACUUUUAAAAUUUGCGUUCAGUUCAGAAACAUUGGCCAACUCCAUGGUGAUUAUCGCCCUUGAUUGGACGCGUCCUUGGAAAUUUUUGGAAACCUUGCAACGCUGGAUCGACGUCUUGCAACACGCCAUUGACGAGAUUUGUAAAGAAGGAAGUGCAGGAGAAUCCUGGAGUCGCGGUAAAGCCAUUGUCGAUGAACUGAGAGAGAAAGUGGAACAUUACCUACAAUCGUAUACCGAACCCACUCCUGCUGUGAAUGGAAUCAAUAUGGCACCUUCGACAUCCACCAGUUCAAUACCUUCCACACCGACGGGAUUUGUUCCCACACCUUUGGUCACUACUACCACCGCCGCAGAUCAGGUCACCCUUCCUUUGACUCAAGGUUGCUUAACCACCAAUCUGGGUAUCCCUAUCGCAGUAGUGUGUUGCAAGAGUGACGCUUUGAACAAAUUGGAGCAAACCCAGGAUUAUAAAGAGGAACAGUUUGAUUUUAUUCAACAAACAUUACGGUGUAUUUGCAUGAAAUAUGGUGCUUCUCUAUUUUACACUUCCACCUUGCAUCCGUAUACAUUUCACAAUCUUCGUCAGUACAUUCUUCACCGACUGCUCACGACCUCUACGAAAUCUUAUCCAUUCAUGCUGAAAGCGCAGGUCAUUGAACGAGAUUCCGUUCUCGUUCCUUCGGGCUGGGAUUCAUGGGGCAAGAUUCGUGUAUUACGAGAAGGAUUUGAUUGUGAAAGCAUUCAUCAAGGCUGGGAUGCCGAUAUUGAAGCCGUCAUCGACCGACAACAACCUGGAGCUCACGGAGCACGUGGCAUUUUUGAAGAAGCUAUCCCCGAUCCCGAAAUUGAAGAACAGCCGUUGAAUAUUCCAGCCACUGUCACAUGUGAAGAUGAACAAGUAUUUUUGGAGCGCCAUUUUGAGACACUUCAGCGUGCUCCCGAAGGACCUACACGACAAGGCACGGGAAGCGCCAUUGGAUCGACGCGACCUAGUGUUGUCGGUCCCUUGGGCGUGUCGCCCGUGACCAUCGAUCUGAUGCGUGUCGGUGCCGAUCGCGACAGUGAUCGAUCUAGUCGACACAAGGCAAAUCACUGCGUUUCAUCCCUCACACAGGAUACCAUGCUUGAUAAAGCCGGCUUAGGUAAAGUCGCAAAUUCUCCCAAUCCUGUGGAUCGUAUUCAGACCAUGGGAUCCAACGGGACUCCUGUCACCGGUGGUCCCGCCAGUCCUCUCAGCAGCGCCAAUGCCGGCGCGGCCGGUGGUCCAUCCCACGAAGUGCUUGCCAAUUUCUUCCAAUCGCUGUUAUCGAAAAAGGCGUCCUCCGGCAGCGGCUCGCCUACCGCCGCUUCCCCGGCUUCGUCUCUCCUAGCUGCCGGUGGUACCUCGCCUACCGGCCGUGCAGAAGACGGAUCCUCCACUGGACGUCGCGCCACCAUCAGUAGAAAAGACGUCCACAAAGAACUCGACCGUAUGCGUCAAUUUGUAAACAAACCCUAA